GUCGGCUAGCCGCUAAGCUGAUUUUUUUUAAAGAGUCGCGCCGCCGCCGAAUUAACCGGCUUGUCGGCGGCUUAGAUUCCAGUCAAUGUUGUCGACUAAGCCAUUUUUAUGAAAUUAAUUCUAUUAAAAUAUAUGUAUUAUUUUUAUAAUAAAAAAUUUACAAAAAUUUUAUAUUUUUUGUAUUUUAAUUUUGAAUAUAAAUUGUAGUUGAGUUACCAUUCGUAAUAUUGAGUAGUUUAAUAUGAAUUUAAUUGUUAUUGAGUUACCAACCUGUUCAUCAUAUACGUAUAUAGAAAUUUUUGGUACUCGGUACUCAGUACCCACUUUGAAAUUUAAAAUUUUUAAAAAACGGUCGUAACAUUUUGGUGUCUUUAAAAAGUUUUGUGAUCGAUUUAAGCAAAAUGAACAGAAAAAUAACAUCAUUUUUUAAGACGAAUACCAACGAAAAUGAAAGGAGCACUACUGAAGUUUUGGAAAAUGAAGAUAUUGAAUCUGAUGAAUCAGGAGAGUUUGAUGAAGAUUCAUUCAUAAGAAAUCACUCAGAUCGCCAGAUAAGUGACUAUGAGGCUAUUCUUCGUAAAAAUAAAGCCGCAAAAUCUGUGGCAAAGAUAGUUUUAAAUGAACGAAAAGGAACUGGUUCGGUUGUUUGGGACUACUUUGGAACACUUAUGCUCCGCGGUAAGUCCGUGCUCAAAAAACUUCAUUUUUGUAAAAUUUGCUUUGAGAUGGAGCUUACAACAUUAAAAGGAUUUAGCCAAGUAACGUCAACUUCAAAUCUUUUAACGCACUUGCGCAACGUUCACGACAUAGAGCUCAAGAGCAAAAAUUCGGAGGCUUCCUUGAAAAAAACAAAUGAAGCACUAUCGUCUUCAUCUAAAGAUAAAGAUACGAAGUUUGUUAAUGGUAGAAGAGUGGCAGAAAUGUGCUGUGUUGAUCUCCAGGCUUUCAACGUUGUGGAAAGGAAGGGAUUUUUAAAAUACAUGGCUCUUGUAAAACCCGGUUUGGAAUUUCCCACUAGUCGCACAAUUGCUACAACAGCAUUGCAAGAUGUGUAUAAUGUAUAUAUGUCCACGGUAAAAGACGUUUUAAAAAGUGCGCCUACAAAAAUUGCUCUGGUUUUGGAUUUGUGGACGGACAAUUUUAAAAAAUUAUCAUAUGUAAACAUAAAAGUUCACUACUGCGUCAAUUUUAAGAUAACAACAGCCAGUUUAACAACUGAGCACUUUGCUCAUCCACACACUGGAAGUCGAAUUGCCGAUUGUAUCACAUCCACUGUAAAAUCGUUUAAUUUAGAGAGUCGUGAAAUACACGCAGUUAGCGAUGGUGGAGCCAAUAUCAUAGCUGGAUUAAGAAUGUCAAAAAUGCUGCGUUAUGAAUGUAUGGCACACUCAUUGCACAGAUUUAUAGUGCAUGAUGUUUUGGACAAUCCAGAAUUUAAUGAAAUCAAAGCUGUAGUAAAAAAACUAAAGGCUACUUAUACGAAAUUAUCGUAUUGUUCCGAAGAUUUAAUGGCUAUACAAAAGGCCCAUCUCCAAGAUGGAAUUAUAGAAAUAUUACUGCAAAGUAAUGACAUUGCCGAAUCUCUGCAAUUAGAGGAGGAAUUCGGAGUUUCUUUAGAAGAGGAAAUGGAUUUGCCAGAAGAAACUCUUCAAAAUCAAACUGCAACUACAAUUAAAGUUGCAAAUGAUACAAGAAACUUUCAAACACAAGAAAAGAAAUGCUGA